GUGAAUUUCGCACUUUCAUUGCAGCUUCUCUUUGGUAUCGCCAACUAACCUCCCGCAGUAUUUUUUUUUCUUUUUGUAAUCUCGUACAUAGUCUGUUUUUUAUUCUUUUUUUUUCUUACUGCAAGAUAUACUGUCCAAUUUAUCCGUCUUAUCAUUCAUUACCUUCUUUUAUUAAUUUCUUCAUAAACUGUUUUAAUCCAUCCUGCCAUGGCGUCUUCGCACGCUAGAUCUGCCAGCAACGACUUUGCUUCAGGAGUACUGCUAGAUCCUCUUCGACCUCGAAAAAUUCUAGAUUUGCCGGAUGGGGCCUGGUCUCCCAAUGAGCAGCUUGGGCAAGCAGUAAUUCCCACUGUCGACGAAGUAGACGAUACCAAUGCCAAUGGCCGCUCUAGCUACGAUUUCGAGUCCCUGCGGCCGCUGACGCCAAUGACGCCAAUGGAGAAAGCACAAGCCAAGAAUUCUUCAGGACCAGUGACGUGGAUGUCUCUCCCGCGAAAAGACCAGCUUCUUAUCCUGUUCCUCUCUCGAUUCGUCGAUUUCCUGCAGGUGGCGUCGCUGCAAGCAUACGUCUUCUACCAGCUCAAGACCUUCGACGACUCUCUUACAGACGCCCAUAUUUCUCAGCAGGCGGGGAUAUUGCAAGGAUGUUUCACCGGCGCCCAGGUGAUGACGGCCAUUUUAUGGGGUAAAGCUGCCGAUGCAACUUGGUGUGGCCGCAAAUGGGUCUUGGUGAUUGGACUCGCUGGAACGGCUAUAUCGUGCUUGGGCUACGGCUUUGCGACGACUUUUGCCUGGGCCGCGUUUUGGAGGGUCUUUGGUGGUGCCAUCAACGGGACUGUGGGCAUUAUCCGGACCAUGAUUGCCGAAAUCACCAAAGAGAAGAAGUAUCAAUCUCGAGCAUUUCUGAUUCUUCCCAUGAGCUUCAACGUUGCUGGGAUUCUGGGCCCGAUCAUGGGAGGCAUGUUGGCCGAUUCCAACAAAACUCUUCCUGGACUUUUUGGAGAAAAUGCCGUCUUUGGGUUUCAGUGGAUUCGGGACUACCCAUAUGCCCUGCCGAGUCUCGUCAACGCCGUCAGCUUAUCCAUUGUAACCUUGAUAGUAUUUCUCUUUUUGGAAGAAACAUCACGAGUACGGCAGAACAAGUUCGACGUCGGGCUCCAUCUCGGAAAUCAAAUCAAGGCCGCCUUAUUGGGUGAAAAACAGUCUGACAACUAUGCUCGCGUUCCCGCCUGGGAGCAUCACACUCUGGAGAAUUUCGAAGACAAGAAUAUACCUGUGUCGAAGCCCGCGCCCUCGCUGAAACAGCUCCCCUUUCGCCUCCUUUGGACGCGGAACGUCUUAUUCACGCUGCUAACUGGUGCUUUUUACGACUUCCAUCUCGGCGCCUUUGGCAACAUGUGGUCGCUGUUCCUGUCAACUCCCCGGUAUCUUGCUCCGGCUGCAAGGGACCCAGAGACCCCCACCCCUAUGCGUCGAGAUCUCCCUCUCUUGUUCACAGGUGGGCUGGGAAUGCCGGCAUCGACAGUUGGCGUUGCGACGUCUUUCCUCGGCAUAAUAGGCAUGCUGCUGCAGGUGACUUUGUAUCCCCCCAUCCAAGCCCGUCUCGGCACAAUGAGAUCCUUCCAAUGGUUUCUGUUUCUCUUCCCACUGGCAUAUUUCGUCGCCCCCUAUCUCUCCAUAUUGCCAUCCUGGUCGCCGGCACCCGAGCCCGCCUCGGGAGGCUUCAUCUGGUUAGGCAUCAUCGGCAUCCUCUUCCUCCAGGUCAUGGCCCGGACGUUUACCCUCCCGGCCAGCAUCAUCCUGCUCAACAACUGCAGCCCGCACCCCAGCGUUCUAGGCACGAUCCACGGCCUAGGGCAGAGUGUAUCUGCGCUCUUCCGCACCGUCGGCCCGGUGGUGGGGGGCUGGUGGUACGGUUAUGGGCUGGAUAUCGGCAUGGUGGCCUGGGGUUGGUGGGGAGUGGCUGCAAUGUCAGCUUUGGCUUGUGGAACUGCAUUAGGCAUGCAUGAUGGCAGCGGGCAUGAGAUUUUCCUGGAGGGAGAGCAGGACGAGAUGGAGUAGAGGAGAGGUUUUUUC